AUGCAUGCUGAUGAUGCUGACAAUUUCUUGAAUCUUGCAGCAGCAUUGAAGAUCAUUCUAGGAUGGAGCAUCAGUGAUGCUGAUAUCCCCCAAGCAAAGGAGCUUCUUAAUAAGUAUCUUCUCAGGUUCUUAGAGGUUCAUCUGAAGCAUGUCAAACCUUCUCACCACUGGGUGACACACAUCUUUGAACAGCUGGAAAAUUAUGAUCCCGUUUACAGCUUCUGGACAUUUCUUUUUGAGCACCUUAACAAAGUUCUCAAGAGUUAUUCAACAAAUACAGUGGCUCAAAAAACUGUCCACAUGUUUUGA